AUGGCGAUGGCUCUGGCGAUACUGUGGGAAUGGUACAGGUCGAUGGGCAUGAAUGCUCAGCGAUCUCUGCUCAUCCUGGGCAUCCCAGAUGACCGCAAAGACCAGGAAUUCCAGGAGGCUGCGCAGGCUGCCCUGCGUUCCCUGGGCAGGUACCGAGUGCUGGGCGAGGUCUACAGAAAGGAGCUGGGGUCGAGUGUUGCCCUGGUCGAGUUUGCUGAGUAUUUAAAUCGAAGCUUGCUCCCCCGUCAAAUACCAGGCAAGGGGGGGCCCUGGGCGGUGGUCUGCCUGCCCCAGGCCCCUGAUGCUGAGUCACAGGAUAGACCCAAUUUCCCUGCACAGCCCCAGAGACAAGCAGUGGUUGGCAGGGCAGGUGAGGCAGGAGCUGGAGGUGAGGAGGGAGCCUCUGGUGAGGCAGGGGCUGGCGGUGAGGAAGGAGCUGGAGGUGAGACAGGAGCUGCAGGUGAGGCAGGAGCUGCAGAUGAGACAGGAGCUGCAGGUGAGGCAGGAGCUGCAGGUGAGACAGGAGCUCCAGGUGAGGCAGGAGCUGCAGGUGAGGCAGGAGCUGGAGGUGAGACAGGAGCUGCAGGUGAGGCAGGAGCUGGAGGUGAGUAAGGAGCUGCAGGGGAGGAGGGAGCUGUAGGUGAGGCAGGAGCUGCAGGUGAGGCAGAAGAUGCAGGUGAGGCAGGAGCCGGAGGUGACGCAGGAGCUGCAGGUGAGGCAGGAGAUGCAGGUGAGGCAGGAGCCAGAGGUGACGCAGGAGCUGCAGGUGAGGCAGCAGAUACAGGUGAGGCAGGAGCUGCAGGUGAGGCAGGAGGUGCAGGUGAGGAGGGAGCCUCAGGUGAGGCAGAAGCUGGAGGUGAGGAAGGAGCUGCAGAUGAGGAAGGAGCUGCAGGUGAAGCAGGAGCUGCAGGUGAGGCAGGAGCUGCAGGUGGGGAAGGAGCUGAGGGUCAAGCAGGAACUGAAGGUGGAGCAGGAGUGUCAGAUGAGGAAGGAGCUGCACGUGACAGAAAUGUUGCAGGCGUGGCAGGACUUCUGGGUAUGGCAGGACCCGCGGGCGACGCAGUGACUGCAGCUGAGGCAGCAGCUGUGAGAGCGGUGGGCCCCAUGGAUGAGGCGGGGCCCUGGACCCAGCAGUGGAGGCAGGCCUUGCAGCCCGUGCUAGACAAUAUGGCCUACCAGGAGCUGGAACCCUUCUCUGGGAUGGAAGAGCCGGGCCCCGGGGAAGAGUCCUUUGAGAGCUGGCUGGAGCAGGCCAACGACACGCUGCACCUGUGGCGCCACGUGUCUGAGAGGGAGAGGCUGGUGGAGAGCUUGCACGGCCCCGCGCUGGACCUCCUGUGCGGCCUCCUGGCGGAAGAUCCCGAGCUGGCUGCCCAGGACUGCCUGCCCGCGCUGGUGCAGGCGUUUGGGAACAAGGAGCCCCGGGGGAGCGCUCUGAAGUUCGUGACCUGUGCCCAGCGGCCCCAGGAGACUCUCUCUGUGUACGUGAUGCGCCUGGAAGGCCUGCUGCAGUCGGCCCUGGAGAAGGGGGCCAUCCAGCCGGCCAUGGCAGACCAUUUGGGCACCCGGCAGGUGCUGAUGUGGGCCCUGCUGAACGACACGCUCCAGGAGAAGCUGAGGAGGAUGCGGCUGAUGAGGAGGCCUCCCGGCUUUGUGGGGAUGCUGCGGCUCAUCCAGAAGACCGAGGCCUGGGAGGCCGAUCCGGCUAGCAGGGAGCCGUUCCCAGGGGAAGAAGAGGCCCAUGUGGACGUGGGAGUCCUGGCAGCAGCCGCCCAGGCCGCCCAGGCCCAUGAGGCCAUCACCGCAGGCACCACUGCAUAUGACACCAAGCCCUCCCCGGCCGGGGAAGAUACCACCACCCAGGCCGCCCGUUCCAAGGAAGGUAGCGCCGAGGACCACCCGGCACAUGAAGAGGCCAGUGCGGCAGUUGCCGACAACGCCAAGGCUGGCGAGGCGGCCCCUGAAGACCAUGGUGCCGCCAGGGCAGCCCCUGGCCCUGGGGAGACCAGCAAGGCCUCCGCGGCCACUCAGGAAGAUGGAAGUGCUCCCGCCCCUGCGGGCCUAGGUCAGGAAGGACCCUCAGAUGUCCCCGGAGUCCCCAUGCCUGGCCGGAUGGGCAGUGCUUCCCCGGUGGCCCCAGGAGGUCCUGGCUGGGAGCCAGAGGGCCUCGCCCAGGCAGUAGGCCAGGAAGCCGAGUAGACCCCUGAGGAGGGGCUCAAGCCCAUCCCAGAAGAGUCGGGAAAUGAGGACGGGGCUGCAGACAUGAGCCCCCCGGGGUCCACCUCAGGCCAGUAG